ACCUCUUAACGCGCAAAGCGAGUUAAUGAGAGGUUAUCUCAGGUCAGACUAGCUGGACAACAACAUAUCUCGCCAGCGGUACGUAACAGGUGUUUACAAGGAAGGGGCCUGGUCAGGCGAAUUCCUUUGGCCUGGUGGAGAUAUGUUGCGAUGCCAAAUAUGGUAUUGUUCGGACUUCACGAGGAGGCGUGGCCCAAAAAAUGUUGCAUUGCGAAUUUUGGUAGUUCGGACAUCACAAGGAGGCGUGGCUAAAGAUGCUACGUCGCGUUAGCUGACGUGGUAAUUUCGGGAGGGGGCAAAAUCCAAUUUCUAACAAGUUAGCAUUCUUCUUCGUGGAGUCGAGUGGAAAGCAUCUUUUAUCUCAAUUCACCUGUUUUGUGCCACAUACUUCCUGUAUUUUUGUUAUCCGUUCGUUGGACUCUUUAGCUGUGAUCCUGCUAAUUGUCAUUUUAACCCAAUCGUAUAGCUAUUAAAGAACGCUUCGCAGUUGAGAAUUAUUUUCCUUAUCUGGGAACAUACCUGUACAUAUUUUGUGUUUAUAUCCGUUUGUUGGAUCUUUACCGGAUUGAACUUUUGAGUUGGUAGGAGUCACAGUUUGCUCUUAGGAUUUUUCAAUUUCAUCGCCAUCCCGCAUAUUCUAAUCAUGCCUAAGGCUAAGCCCGGCAAAAAGUUAAGUCAGAGGAAGUCUACUCGUCGUUCGGUCCGAGAUGCCGGCAGCCAGCCUUCUCCUGUCGACCUCGCGACAGACGUCGACCAAGUUUUUAGUUCGACGCAGAGCCCAGCCGCUGGAAGUUCGGCGUCGACAAGCAAUGGUGAGUUCGGGACAAUGGGGGGCUCCUGGCCUCUUGUGACUUCUCCACAAGAUCCGGUCAUUCCCCAAAUUCAAUCUCAAGCUCCCCCUUCUAUCCCUCCUGCCCCUGUAGCUGAGGGGCUUAAUAGUCAUGAUAAUUUUACACCAGCCCUCAACCCUCCUUUUCCUACGCAGCCAGAUAUGCUUAGCUGCGUGUGUGAUGAAUUGGGCGGGGAGGUGCCUUCUAGUGUUAAGGAGAAGAUUUGGAAGGGUGAGUUUGUAGAGUUAGGUGGAUUGCUAAAAAGGGAAAGCUUAAGUGAGGAAGGUUCCCAGUUGCAGGCCUUCAGCCUUUGUGCCUCCGGCUCAGCUUUAAUGCUUCGCCCCCAAAGUAAGGCUCCGGUGAUCGCGAGCAUAGAGCAGUGGACAUCUGCGUUCCUUAUUUACGCGUCUAUAUACUUGGAGCGACACUGUAUGCGUGCGCGCGAGCUCCUCAAGUAUAUAGAUAUCGUUCGUUCUAUUGUGCGUUUUGGGGGUUUCAAUUGGCGGGCCUAUGACAUUCAAUUUCGGUUACGUCAGGCCCGUCAUCCACAUCGUUCCUGGGCUGUCAUAGACACCGAGCUAUGGCUGACAGUAGCUUCGACUCCCGGUCGAGCAAUGUUUUCUUCUUUUGGGGGUAACCAGCCCUUUCGGCCAUACGACCGGUCGUUCCGGCGGGGUAAUUUCCCAUUCUCUGGAUAUGCCAAUAGACAAGGGGCAAAUCGGGCCCAUGGCGCCGCGCCUGCCCCCUCCCGCUCCUCACCAGUCUGUUUCGCCUUCAACGCUGGGUCAUGUCAACGCAUUGCCUGCCGUUAUGCUCACCGGUGCGGAAAAUGCUCCUCAGCAGCACAUGGCUCACACGCCUGCAAUUCUGCCGCUGCAGUUGCCAAACAGAAACCUAGCUCCAACUCCAAUUAAACUUUGCAGCAUGCUCCCAUUUCUUCAAAGGCACCAUAAUAAACAGAACGCAGCGUUUCUGAUUUCUGGGUUUAGGUCUGGCUUUUCCUUGGGUUUCACAGGCGAGCGUCGCUCUGUGUUCUCGCGUAAUUUGAAAUCGGCUAGGGAGCAUAUGGGCAUGCUGCUGGAGAAAGUUGGUAAGGAAGUUAGUUUAGGGAGAAUGUCAGGUCCUUUCCAAGACCCGCCUUUCGAUAACUUUCGCUGCUCCCCGGUAGGGCUCGUCCCCAAGCGAAAUCCGGGAGAAUUCCGGCUAAUUCAGCAUCUAUCCUCUCCUCGCGGGGCUUCGGUUAAUGACCACAUUGAUUCCGAGUUAUGUUCCGUGAAUUAUACUUCAUUCGACAAAGCGGUUGAUCUCGUUGCUCGCUUGGGAACUAAUG